CUGAUCCUAACUUCAAUGAGCCACAAAAAAUAGACGUAUUAUUAGGAGCUGAAUUUUAUCCACAUCUUUUAACGUCAGGGCAAAUCCAAUUGGGAGUCGACAAACCAAUACUCCAGAAUUCUACUCUUGGAUGGGUUGUAAGUGGCAAACUAUCAGAAACAGCAAAAGGUGACGCAGUCUGUUGUAUGUUUAGCGAAGAAGAAGAUUCGCUAAAUAAUCUUCUCGUCCGAUUUUGGGAUCUUGAAGAAUCAGCACAAAAUUCAAAACUACUGUCUGAUCAAGAAAAAUUAUGUGAAACUCAUUUUGUGGAAAACUUGAAACGUACUAAAGAAGGCAGAUUUAUUGUGAAAUUGUCACUUAUUGACAGUGUAUCAACAUUAGGAUCCUCUAGUGAAAUCGCACAACGCAGAUUUUUCUCUCUUGAACGACGGCUGUCAAAAAAUGAAACAUUAAGGGCACAAUACGUGCAGUUUAUCACUGAGUAUAAAGAUCUCGGUCACAUGGAAGAAAUUCAACCUGAUGACAUCAUGGCCUCACAUUAUUUCAUUCCUCAUCAUUGCGUGAUAAAACCAGAUAGCACCACGACAAAAUUACGUGUUGUGUUUGAUGCAUCUAGUAAAACUUCAUCAGGUCGAUCAUUGAAUGACAUUAUGCAUACUGGUCCUGUGGUACAGAGCGAUCUAUUCUCAAUAUUAUUACGAUUCAGAAUUCCAAGAUACGCUUUCACAACGGACAUUGAGAAAAUGUAUAGGCAAAUACUUAUUCACCCAGAAGAUCAAAUGCUACAAUUAAUCAUUUGGAGAAAUAAUCCACAAGAGCCGCUACGAUUUUAUAAACUAAAAGCUGUAACAUAUGGGACUCGAUCAGCUCCAUACUUAGCUACCAAAUGUUUACAAACUUUAGCAAGAGAAAGUUCUGGAACUAAUCCAUUUGGAGCAGAGACCCUACGAAGAGAUUUCUAUGUCGAUGAUGGAUUAUGUGGUUCUAACAGUCUGAUAGAGGCUAAGGUGAUUCAAGAACAACUAAUUAACAUUUUGAAAUCAUAUGGUUUUAAGCCAAGAAAAUGGUGCGCUAAUCACCCACAAUUACUACAAAACAUUUCACCACAUGAUCAGGAAGUCUGUUGGGAUAUUUCUACUUGUUCGUUCAAAACAGCUAAGACUUUGGGAAUGAUUUGGACACCACAGCUUGAUAAUUUGUGCAUAACAACAAGUAUAACACCAUGUACAACUUUUACUAAGCGUUCAGUAGCUUCAGACUUAGCAAGAGUUUAUGACCCAUUAGGAUUGGUAGCACCAAUCAUAGUCACAGCAAAAAUAUUUGUUCAACAAAUUUGGGAAUUAAAGACGACCUGGGAUGAUCCAUUACCUCAUGAAUAUGAAGCCGAAUGGAUUAAGUUUCGGUCAAGACUGCAAGAAAUUAAUAAUAUGAUCAUUCCGAGACAUGUUUUUAACCAUGAAAUUCCAUUAGAUAUUCAAUUACAUUGUUUUGUAGAUGCAUCUGAAAAGGCAUAUGGAGCAGCAAUCUAUGUAAGAGCAAUUCUAAAAACAAGUACAAUCAUAGUACGGCUACUUUGCUCAAAAUCAAGAGUAGCGCCAUUAAAAAGGCAAACAAUUCCACGAUUAGAAUUGUGUGCAGCACUUCUGGGAGCCCAACUGUUAGCGAAGGUUAAACAAGAUCUUGCAUACGAUAACCACAAAUCUUUUUUAUGGACAGACUCACAAGUUGUAUUAUACUGGAUCAACUCUAACUCAAAUAUUUUUCAAACAUUUGUAGCACAUAGAGUAGCACGAAUUCAUGAAAUAUCUAAUGCAAGCCAAUGGCGUCAUGGAAGUUCCAAAUUAAAUCCAGCAGAUCACCUAUCAAGGGGUUUACAACCUACGGAAUUACAUUCCAGUCACAUAUGGUUUUUUGGACCACUGUAUUUAUAUGGAAGCGAAUCAUCAUGGCCAGGUUCAAUUGCUCAGGAACAUCUUAUAACUGAUCAUUCUGAAACCAAAAGAAGGGCGCUUGAAAUGCAACGCUCAACACAACCUUCAAUCGUAACUUCAGCAAUCACCAGCAUUACUGAAGAUUUCAUCUAUAAGAUCAAUUAUAGAAACUCGUUUGCAAGAUUGCAACGAAUCAUUGCAUACGCACUACGAUUUGUAAAAUACUCCAAAGGCAAAGACAACAGGCACACUACCUCUUUAAUAUUAAGUCCAGACGAGUUGAACUCAUCAUUACAAGUAAUCAUUCGUAUAAUACAACAAAGCGAUUUCAGGGAAGAAUUGCAGCAAUUACACUCAAAUGGCACAGUGCACAAAACUAGUUCUCUCUCUAGUUUAAGUCCAUUCUUAGAUAGUAACGGAAUUCUAAGAGUCGGAGGUCGACUUUCAUCAUCACUUAUAGCUUAUGAUACCAAACAUCCAAUGGUAUUGCCAUAUAAUGAUCCAAUUGUGAAAAGUGUUUUCGUUGAUGUUCAUAGAAAAAACAUGCAUUGUGGUGCACAAGCAUUAUUGUCACAAAUCCGACUUCAAUUUUGGCCCAUCAAGGGAAAGAUAAUGGCUCGAUCAACGGUUCAACAUUGUGUCCGCUGCACAAGAAGCAGACCAACAACAUUUCAACAAAUAAUGGGUCAGCUACCACCAGCUAGAGUUCAACCUUCAAGGCCAUUCUACAAUGCAGGAGUAGAUUUUUGUGGACCAUUUUGGGUUCACUACAAAAUCAGAGGAAAAAGACCACACAAGGUUUAUGUAGCAGUGUUUUGUUGUUUUGCCACAAAAGCAGUCCAUUUAGAAGUGGUGAGCGACUUAACUUCUGAUGCAUUUAUUGGUGCACUGAAGAGGCUCAUAGCUCGACGAGGACAUUGCAAAACGCUGCAUUGUGACAAUGCUACAAAUUUUGUUGGUGCGAACAAUAAAUUAAAUGAAUUAUCCGAACUGCUACGUAAAACUUCUGUUCAAAAUAAAAUAGUUCAAACAUGCAGUGAUAAAUUAAUCACAUUUAAAUUCAUUCCACCUCGAACUCCACAUUUCGGGGGUCUUUGGGAGGCAGCUGUUAAAUCAGCUAAAUAUCAUUUAGUUCGAAGUACAUCAACAGCUUCAUUAACCUAUGAAGAGUUGGAAACGAUCAUUGUGGAAAUUGAA